AUGUUCGCCAAGGCCAAGGAGAUCCUUGAGAAAGGCUCAUCCAUCCGUGAGGAAGUCCACAAAGGGGACUUCAAUGGCGCAAAAGAUGCCGUUCCCGAGGGCCAAAAAGAAGCGACCAACCAAGGAGGCCAGGCCAAUGAGGUACUCGACAAGGGCUCAUCCGCCCGCGAUGAAUUCGAGCAAGGCAAUUUCAACAGCGCCAAGGAAGAUAUAACCCAAGGGCAAUCCACUAAAGAAGCGACCAGCCAAGGAAACACAGGCGGAGCAUCGAAUAGCGCUACUGGAAUGAACAAAGAAGACCUCAACAGGGAGAAUGUUCAGGAGUCCGGGAACAGAAUCAGCAAAGGAGGGAUUGGCCAAGACAACGCGGGCACCUCCUCUACUGGCAAAACAAACGUGGAGCAACGAAACACUGGCAACGAGAUGCGAGAAGCUGUUCGAGAUCAGCAAGACAGUAUCGAUGAAACGAACGAUACAGGGUCUACACAAUAUGACCGCAGAAGCAGUGUGGCGGCCGGAGUGCUUGAACCCAAUUACGAUAUCCGCAAGGGCCCUAUCACCACGCCGGGCACUUUCCAGGAAAAGAACUACCACAAUGCGAGUGGCAGAGAGACUAUCGUUCAGAGAGGUACUAGCAGCAAAGGGCUAUUUAGCCAUGAAAUUGACAAAAAAGACACACCUCAAAUUGUGUUCGCGGGAGCAGGAAGCGGAAAUAAGGCUAGCUCAAGCAAAGUGAAGACCGGAAAAACCGUCGGUGGAGGUGGAUGGAGUGACGAAUACAUUCAAAAGGAGCUCCACGACUUUGAAAACAUUAGCCCCGAUGUCUUCAGUUAUGAAAUUACAGGCAGAAACUUCCCCAAGAACGCUACCGGCCAAGAAGCUGUUGGAAAGUACCACAUCGACAAAAAGCAACUUGAGAAGCAGGGCUCUCAGCCUUCCCAGAAAGAGGGAGCAAGCGAAGCUGCGGCUGCCGCCGCCGCAGCUACAGCUGCUGGCGGCUAUGGCAUGAAGAAGGGAGCCACCAAACACACCUCUGCCACCAAAAAAAGUACAAGCAAGAGACAUUCCGUUUCUGAGACCAACCCAGCCAAAACCCAAUAUGCGAAGAGCCAUGUUGCUUCUACUCUGGGAGAACAUGAUCGUGUAAGUGGACAAGGAAAGGCCGCCUCAAAUCAGACGAACAGGCCGGGCUAUACCUAUGCCCGUGCGGUGUCAGAUCAAAGCCACACUCCCAAGGUCCCGGCAAGCACAGGGCAGUCUACUACCAGUGGAUUCAACCAAACAAGUGGUCUACGCUCUACCACCACGGGCCAGACAAACAGCGCCUUGUUCAAUACCAACACCACUGGAUUAGACCAAACAGGUGUCGCCGGCGGUGGAGUUCUGGGACUUCAUGAAGACGAUGGCUAUGGCCUGUCUAGCAACGACAACAGCGGGGUCAAUCAAGGGGGCAUUGUUGGCGGAGGAGUUCGACAGAGCGGUGCCUAUGGUCCCUCGGUCUAUGACGGCAUCAACGAUGAAGCCGCUCACGCUAGCUCCGGUACGAAGAACAGCGCUUCGAAUGCUGUGACCUCGAAGCGCAUUGUCAGACAACUCAGUGGAAGCGGCUACAAGGUCACUGUCCUCCAGGAGAAGGUCCAGGCUGUGUCCCAGAAGUGCAAGACUCAAUUAGGCCUGUCUUCUGGUGCGAUCAGCAAGCGUAGCCCUAACGUGGAUGCUUUCUUUGAUGCCGUUGCGUCUGAGCGACUCCGAUGGAUGCCUCAUGAUGGUAGCAGACUCGACUGCAGCCUCAGAUGGGCGUCUAGACUGGCGUACGCAGUCGACGCUCUUCGGCAAUCCGUCGGAGCCUUCGCACCUGCUGCCAAUGAUGCUGCCACGCUCAUCUGGGGAUUCACUAUCCUUCUCUUGGAGUCUGAUAUGGACAACACUGAUGUUUUCGAGAGCGUCUUUGGCCGAUAUGGCCGGGUCGCCGUCGGCAUCUACUUGCUGCUGCAGUAUGAGGUCGCGUACAAAUCGUCUCCCGAACUUCAGCCAGAUGUUGCCGCAGUCUUCGCAGAUUUGCUCGAGAUGGUGUGUAGCACGACCAUGAGCUGUCUUGAGGGAUUCAAGAGCAAGGAGUCCGAUCAGAUCAUCGGACGUAACGUCGAUGCUGCUUUUGUGACCUACGCCAAGCGAUUUUCCACCCACUGGAAUUGUGUUGUCGAUUCUCACACUGCUAAGCUCGUGGAAGAAAGCCCUCUAAUUUACUCGUCACCUGAGCUAGGUGGUUUGCGUCAGUUCCUGGGAGUGCAGGAUCGCCCUCUCCAGUUUAUCCUCGACUCGCGCGCUCAUUCGCUUGCCGAGGGAUCGUUUGAGUGGUUCAACAACACGCUUUACGAUUUCACUGUCUCGAGCUCCCCAGUGAUGCUAAUCUCUGGUGGGCCCGGCUCAGGAAAGAGUGCGCUAGCACAGUGGGCAGUCGAAAGACUGCAGGAGUCGGCUGAACAUGAUAGCUGGAAUGUUAUUCCAUACAGCAUUCGUGAUGAUAUUCCUGUCGCCACCUUGCCUCUGCGCAUCCUGAAGGGUAUUCUUCACCAGAUGUUGGAUCAUUCCGUCAGUGACAAGCACACCCAGGAGGCUAUCCUGGUUGAAGUCGCCAGGGCAGCCCAAGGAGCGAUCGAUGGUGCUGGAGAUGACGCAGUUGAAACAAGCCUUUGGAGGGGUAUCCGUGCUGGUCUUGCUGCAAAUAUUCAGUAUAUGUUUGUGAUCGACGGCAUCGACCAGAUCAAAGGCGGUCAUACCCAUGCUGUCGCCUGCUUUGAUCGCAUCUGUGAGGUUCUUUCCGAACAGAAUGCUGGAUCUAAGAUGAUCGCUUUCACCCGGCCGCUGAAUGUGAAGUCGAGCUCCAAGGGUGUUAAGCAGUAUACCAUGCAUACUUCCCAGACCAAGUCAGAUAUCACAGCAUAUGUCCACAAGAUGCUUAAAUCUGGCGCCAACUUUGACACCCACAAGAGCAACCAGCUUCAAUCUGCUGUGUCUGCCAUUGUAGCCCGCUCACAGGGCUCUUUCAGCUGGGCUGAAAUGGCAGUUGCAUACGCUAAACAGCAAAAGACUUUGAGCCAGGCUGUUUCCUGCGUUCAGGGUCUGCCGCAGUUGAUGCCUGACCUUAUUGACUUCCACUCCAAGAGCUUGGACUUCAGCCAGCAGGGCACUUUCAAUGUUGUUUCCUGGCUCGCAGCUGCCGAAAGACCCCUGCUGGUCGAGGAGAUCGAGAAUUUGCUUAAUGUGGACCCGAAGGGCCCCAGCUACUACUCCGACCAACCCGCUAAUAGCUACGACAUCUUGAAUGCUCUAAGUCCGCUGGUCAUGGCUCGUGAGGGUGUGGUCUCCUUCGCUCAUACCUGCAUUCGUGACCACGUCAUCAAACAGGCCAAAUCAUCUAGCGGACAGUCCCAGCUCAACAUCAAGGAUGCACAUUAUGACUUGCUCACCAGGUGUCUUUCCUGCGUGCAGUUGAGCGUUCGCGAGGAGGUUGACGUUUCCAUGAACAAGCUGAGCAUUGAGGAGCGUAACUAUCUCUUUGAUAAAUACGCUGUCUUGGAAUACACAGCGCGCUACUGGCUGUCGCAUCUUCUCUCUUCGCCCUUGCUUACCCAUGAGGGAGAGUUCCAAUUCAACUCUAGUUUCAAGAAGCUUAUGCCUGCUACUGUUCUUUUCGCUCGACUCGAGUUGACUUGUCGCGAGUCCCAGUUCACUCGGUCUAGUGUUGUGGAGCUUUACAGACUUGCUAGUGACAUCCGACGAUUGGUACUUGGCGAUAAAUCUCUAGCCUUGUUGGAAAGCUUGGUCCUCAGUGCACGCGUGUCCAAGUUGGCAUCUGCCAGUCACGCCGACGAGACCAGCUACGAAGCAUGGAAGCUAAGCCAGGAGCUUCUAGGCCAAUCACACUCGAUCACCCUGGCAUGCUCCGAGUUGAUGAUUCAGUCAUUCUCCGAACGAGGCACAAUGAACUCUCAACAGGAGGACAUUGUGAAGUACUUGAUCUUGACCGAUUCCGAGAUAACUGGCGUGGAGUUCAACCAACGCCUGAAAUAUCUUGGAAUGCUCGUCAACAUGUACAAGUCUCGCAAUGAAAACCAAUCGGCGUUGGUAAUUUCGAAGCACUUCUACCAGCAAAUCCUUCAGAAAUACGGUACCAAUUCGCGUCAGUCAUCCGAAACUGCUGACUUUUUGACCGAUCACUUCUCGACAACUGGAAGCGACGAGAUGAGUCGCGAUAUUGCCAGAACCAAGUACGACAAUGUCGUGCGCACCAUGGAGGUCACCGACGAGCGCCGAAUCUCCUACACUCUGUAUAUGGCUAAGAUGUACGAGGAACAGGGCGAUGCAUCUCAUGCCCAGGCAGUUCUCUCCAGCCUAUGGGCUGGUCUCAACUCGCGCGAUAUUGACUCCGUAGAUAUGAUGGACAAGAAAGCCAACGUUGCCCUUGUGUAUCACGAGUUCCUUCGCCGUCAGGGUCGCACUGAUGAAUCUGAGGUCAUCAUCCGUGAACUGGUUGCAGAUCUCGAGGUUACUGGUAUUCACUCCGAGGAGAUGUUGCAGCGCGUGCACCUUCUCCGCGCUGAGACUCGGGAGAUGCUUAUGUACAAUCUCGAUCGCUCCUUGUCCAUUCUCAUGUGGCACUAUUUCAAGGAAACUCACCAAGAGUAUUCGGAGGACUCAACCGCUCUGGCGCUCUCGAUUGCCCAAAGCAUGGCAAAUUCAGUCUCUAUCGAGAAUGCAUCCUCUCUAACUUCUCGGGACCGCAAGUUGCUGGUUGAGUUGUUGGAUGUCAUCUCGGCCAGUUCCGAAAAUAUGACUGUCACCACCCUAAUCAUGUGCCACAACCUUGCCAGUAUCUAUGUCCGCGAGGAAGACUGGAUCCAUGGCAGUGAAUGUGUGAUGGCGGUUCUGCAGCAUAUUUGGCCUAACAUCGAAAAGUCCAAAUCUCACCACAAGUUCUCGCCCGAGCUGGCACCUCCCAUUGCAGACCUGGCCUUGGUGUUGGCUUACUGCCACUUCCGCAGGCUGCAUUUAGAACAGGCUACAACUGUGUAUGAGAACGCCUUCGGCUCUAUGAUAUCCUCUGACAAGGUUCCUGUGCCGUCCGUUUUGGCAGUUGCCAAGGCCGUCGUCGAGUUCCACGAGACUUCCUAUCAGUUUACUAGGGCGCUGACUUUGCUCCAUACCAUGAGCAACUUCUUGGCUGCUCGUCUCGGAGAGACCCACGAACACACCAUCGAUAACUUGUAUCUCGAAGCUGCUUUGGCAACUCGCCUGGAGAUGAACAGCGAGGCUAAGAGCAUUUACCAGCGCAUCUACAAGGCUACGUCCGAGAAGAACAAGAUUGACCCUGUGGGCAUUGACGCUGCAGUUGCCCUCAUCAAUCUCUAUGAGGCAGAGAUGAAGUGGGAUUCUGCUUUACAGGUUUACCGAUCUCUAUGGCCAACCCUGGUUGUUGAAGACAACAAGGAGAACACCUUUGAUCAUAAGCUGGUGGAUCGGAUGCUGGAGAAGGCUUAUCUGGGUUACAUGUCUAUUCUGACUACCCACAAGCGCUCCGAAUUCUCUGAGAGGUAUCAGCUUGCCUCUGAAUAUGUCAUGACAUGUCGCCACGUGCACGGCACAGCAAGUCCGAAGACACUCAAUGCUACCUUGCUCUUUGGCGAGCUGUGUGAGUCUAGCGAUUCGCACAUUGAUCAAGCCAUCUCGCUGUACAAGUCUUCGCUGGAGAACAGCGAAUGGGUGGAUGCUUCUCAGUCGUCGAAGGGUCUCGACCAGAUGACUACACCGUUGCCUAUCACACUCAAGCACAAGUUGGCACAGUUGUAUGUGCGCAAGCAUGAUUCGAGCGUAGAAGCCCGCUCGCUCUACACCGAGGAGUUCCAGCUGGCCAAGAAGAACCAGGGCUACUUCUCUACCACGACUCUCUCAUGGCUCCGUGAACUUGCUCUUGCCCAUUCGCGACAGGGAACUAAUUCCUCUGUUCAGCAAGGCAACGCCAUUCUUCACGCCUACUCUACCGAUGUGCUGCAUGCUGACAGUGCCCCUGCCACAAUGGGCGACUGGGCUCGCCGGAUCGCAAGCAUCUACCUUGAGUGCGGCUUCAUCGAGGGUGGCAGCAAUCUCCUUGAUGAACUUCGCCACCGCGUGGUGUACAGCUCCGGAGCUUCCGUCACGGAACUGAGCGUUCGUCGUGACGCUAUCUUUGUCGCUGCCUUCGAGGAAGUCUUCAGCAGACGUGCUAGCUACGACCAGAUUAUGAACGAGAUGGCUCGUGAGAUGGAGACUUCUCAAGCCUUCGCCAAGAGCCUCUCUAGCCACAACUUCAUUCCUACUCUGGUCAAUGGUCACCAGCUCUACAAUCUUCAGAUUGGUCAGAAGAGAGUUCGCGCUGCCAACGACACCAAGGACAAGCUUUACGAGUACUUCUGCUCUAACUUGUCCGCCACCAAGGUCGCUGACAAGGGGGUCGUGCAGCGGUUCUACCAGAUCUGCUUGCGUGAGGUUCACAAGGAUAACUACAACAUCAACAUCCUGACAACGACCACUGAGCUUGUUCAAGACUUGUGCAACUCCUCCCGCUUCCAGGAAGCCACCAUCUUGACUGGCGUUUUGCACUCCUUCCUGCAUCUCACCGACAGCCUCAACGACCAGGAGAGCAUCAACACUGCCACCCAGCUCUGCCUGUACCUGAGCGGCCACAAGGCAGCCAAGUGCACCAACGAAAAGACCUACCACGCUAUGUCUGUCAAGUCCAAACUGCUUCUCCAAGAAGUCAUGGCAGCGUCGAAAUCUAUGGGUAUUGAAAUGGUCGACCUACCAUUCGGCCACCUUAACGACAUCAUCACACUCCUUGGCCAGUACGAGAUGUUCGACGAGCUCGAAACCAUCCUCAACCAGCUCUGGACCUCCCGUAUCGUCCAGCGCACCUGGACACCAGACGUGGUCGUUUGGAUCGGGCGCCGGUUGGUCGAGACCCGCUUCUGCAGCGGCAAAGUCGAUUCCGCCAUCCAGCUAUGCCACGACAUCUGCUACAAUCUACGCCAGGUGUGGGGCAGCUGCGACCCAGUCACACUGGACAUGACUAAGCUUCUCUCCGCGAUGUACACAGCAUCGGAGAACCACAAGUCCGCUGCGGCGCUGCACGAAGGAAUUCUGUACGACCUGCUCGGCGACUCUGAGGCCGAGGGUCAUUCCCGUGCUGCUGAUACCGCAUCGCAGCAUAUGGAGCUGAUGCGCCGUGCCCAGGAGCGUAUUGGAACGGGCCAGAGCGCGAGACGGGCUUCGGCGCAUGCGGAGCUGUACCAGUCGUUGGUGGACCGCUUCGGUGUGCACGCCGAGCAGAUGAAGACUGCUGGUGAGGCUAAUGGUGGUGCGGAUUUCGGUGUUUGGUCCAAGCCUAGACGGUUCAGCAUUGAUGUUGAGGAUAUGGAGGAUGAUGCCCAGAUGCACCACAAUCAUCUACGUGAGUCUAGUGGUGCCCCGAGACGUAUCUCGGUGCAGGCUCUAUAA